GUCUGUUAAGCUAUAUAGGUGACCAUAGUCACACAAUUAAUUCAGUAACGAACAAACUCACCAACAGAUCGACAACACUGAAUCCAUCAUGCAUUCCUUACUAAUACUCCAGGUCAUAUAUGUUGGUGUGUCACAGGCCUUUCUCGUGUCUUCUACCGGUUGCAUGGCACCGGCUCCUUCCUCUAAUUUUACAAAUGCCCGUUACUUUGGAUUGUGGUACGAGAUAGGCAAAAUCCAGACCGCCGGGGGCGGUUACUUUGAGAAGGACUGUGUGUGUACCACCAUAGGAGUUCAACCCAAGUCCGGAGCAACAAAUGGAGACGCAAGUGCUUUCAACAGCUGCCGAAAAUUAUCACCAACCGGAGACUUUCUUAAUGCCACAGGAGCUCUGACUGGUGAAGUUGUGCCGGGUCAUUGGAAGGAAGGAUUUUUCUUCCUUGCACCAAAGGCUGAUUAUACCGUGAUUUACUUGGACGAUAACUACGCCAUUGAGUACGAUUGUACCUCCGCUUUCUUCAUGACCAAUUACUGUAUCCAUCUGUUGUCGAGGAAACCCACUGCUGAUGCUGCUGCAGUGAACAUGCUACUGAACUUUGCUAACUCUCUAAAGCUAAAUACAGAUAAUCUCAAUUACCAGGCUACUAUGCAGAAUGGCUGCUGGUCAUAGUUGAUUCGUAAGAUUCAAUUCGUGUUUAUUGUAGCUUGAUCAAUUUCUGAAAUAUGAAAAUAUCUCUGACAAGGUAACAUAAUAAACAAUCGUUCAAAAAUGUAUUAGAAAAAUGAUGUGUAUGAGGAUAAUGAUGUGUAUUAGGACAAUGAUGUGUUUUAGGACAUUGAUGUAUAUUAGGACAUUGAUGUAUAGAUAUGUUUGGUCUGGUCAUUAUGAAUUCCAAUGUUAUAUAUGCGAAACACUCAUUUGUAUAGCAUAAGCGCUUUCAUUUCCAAUCUUCACAUGCCUUACAUAUCAGUAAGCUGUUUCAUGUGGUUACGUAACACAACAUGACGUCAUCAAUAAUGUAUAUACAAACCGGCUAUAUAUAAUAUACGUGUUUGUGAAUACCUUACAGCCAUUCAUCAUGUGAUUACCAUAAUACGUAUGCUUUACGUGGUAAUAAGGUAAUUUAUUGCAUUCAUUUUGUGUUUAAUUCUUUAAUUAUAUUAUGUAUAUACUUAGUUACGUUUGAUUGUAAAAUUCAUAUUAUCAAUGAAGGACAUUUUGAUACAAAAUAAAGUAUUUUACUGAUAUAA